GAUCGUUUCGCGAAAUUUCAACCAGAUUUUGUGUGUGUGAGUGUGCUAUGCAUGAAGAAAGCAAGAAGAAUAUCGUUGUUGAUUUGUUAAGCAAAAUAAUUGUUUAGAUUUUAAGAGUAAUCGAGCGCGAAAGCAUGUGUGUUAACGUGAAAAAUUCCAUUCAAUUAGUCAAAAGUGUUGAAUGAAGAAGAUCUGUUGGUUGGUGCGAGUUCAAAGUCAAUUUUGUUUACUGAAUGCAAGUCACGAGUCGUACCCGGUGGGGGUGGUACAACCAAGAUUGAGAGAAUGAUGACGGCAAGGCAGUCGACAGCAGUUCAACAACAGAGAAAGAUGCCGCCGCGAGAGUUUGCAGCAGGCCAGAUGUGAUCGCGUACGGAUCGUCGAGCCAGUAGUGUUGAGUUUGAAUCGUUCUCUUUGGGUUCGUGUGUGUGAGUGUUAUCUGUUUUUAGUAAUUUCACUCAAUUGCGACGCACGUGGCGUUGAUUGUUUAAUUUGUGUGCAAUUGUGAGCGUGCGUGAAUCUUGAGGAAGAAAAAACAACCCAAAGAUCAUCAUAACAAAAUAAAACGAAGAAAAUUGUGACCACCCAGAAGCAAAACAAGUCGAUCAAAAACAAGCCAAGUGUUUGUGCCAAAUCGUUUUAAUCACCCAAACAACAACCACAUCACACAAAGAAAUGUCGCUGGAUUCGAUGGGACCGUCGGCGAGAGGGGGAGGCGGAGGGGGUGGAGGUAGAGGAGACGAAAGUUCCGGCAUGGGGACGCUCUCCGGGACGCGGAUGAUCCACUCGCUGAGUACGCCGUCCGGGGUGGACGGAAGCAUCUCGGCGUCACAGUCGCGCGGCGGCAAGAAGCUCGCCGUCCGGAUCCAGAUGCUGGACGAUUCGGUGACCAUGUUUCAAGUGCAGGCCAAAGCCAUGGGCAAGGUGCUGUUCGAGCAGGUCUGCCGCCAGCUGAAUCUCCUCGAGGCGGACUACUUCGGGCUCGAGUACCAGGAGGCCCCGUCCGGCACCAAGUACUGGCUCGACCUGGAAAAGGCCAUGAACCGGCAGGUUGGCCUCUCGCUCAUCGAACCGAUGCUGCGGUUUUGCGUCAAGUUCUACACCCCCGAUCCGCUGCAGCUCGAGGAGGAGUACACGCGGUACCUGUUCUGUCUGCAGGUCAAACGGGACCUGGCCACCGGGUCGCUGCAGUGCAACGACAACACCGCCGCCCUGAUGGCCAGCUACAUCGUGCAGGCAUCCUGCGGAGAUUACGCCCCGGAAGACUACCCGGAUCACACGUACCUGUCCUCGUACAGGUUCGUGCCCCAGCAGGACCACACCAUGCAGCGGCGGAUCAUGGAGAAUCACAAAAAGCACAUAGGACAAUCCCCGGCGGAGGCGGACCUGAACCUGCUGGAGACGGCCCGGCGCUGCGAGCUGUACGGCAUGAAGAUGCACCCGGGCAAGGACCACGAGAGCGUCCCGCUGAACCUGGCCGUGGCGCACAUGGGCAUCGCCGUCUUCCAGGGCAUCACCCGGAUAAACACCUUCUCGUGGGCCAAAAUUCGGAAGAUUUCGUUCAAGCGGAAAAAGUUUCUCAUCAAGCUGCACCCGGAGAACUACAUGUACCACAAGGACACGGUCGAGUUCUUCUUCGAGGGGCGGAACGAGUGUAAAAACUUUUGGAAAAAGUGCGUCGAAAAUCACGGCUUCUUCCGGUGCUCGGCCGUGCAGAACGUGCAGCGGCGGAAGGCACGCGUCCUGUCCCGGGGCAGUUCGUUCAGGUACAGCGGCAAAACCCAAAAGCAAAUCAUCGAGUUUGUUCGUGACAAUUACGUAAAACGGCAGACGUUCCAAAGGUCUCAGUCUUUCCGUCAGGGUCCUCUGCAUUCAAGUACCCGAAGUCAGUCACGCACUUCAUGCAAUGUGAAUCAAAGCAUCUCGGCUCAUCCCUUACUUCCGAUCGAAACCGCGGAAUGGGAACGUCGCAGUCAGAGCAACGCCUUGAGGACGCCUUCUCAGACGAGGAAACCAGCGGGUACGGCGGAGGAUCACCGACCCGGCAGUCCUACCGGCCGCAACAGCCAUUCAGCGUCGGCGGGUCAGCUCACGGAAGCCCAGGUGGAGACCUAUCCGACGAGGAGCUAUGCCCAAAUGGGGGGGAUUUCGUCGUCCUCGGGAAUGGGGGCGGACCCGCACCACCAGGACUCGAGUCGCUCUGUCUCACCGGGGGGCACAUGGAGUUCGCCGUAUCACCUCAACAACAGCAACAACAGCAGCAGCAAUCAUGCGGCAACGGCGCUGCGCGAAGCCGAUCGGGGUCGUGCACGUCAAGACGGUCACAGUUCCGGUCCGAGCCACCGCCUCUAUGCCACUAUGUCCCCCAGCUACAUUCAUCGCAACCCCAGAUAUUCCACGCCGCAGCAGCUGCAGCAGCAGCAGCAGCAGCGUCGGGCCUCAGCCGGGCCGCUGGGCCAACCGGCGGAUCGCAGCAGUUCUAUGGGGGAAACAACAACAACGGUCUCCUCCACCAGCCGGGAGAGUGUUAUAUCGCCGGCCCCGGCACUGGCAAUGUUGGCCUCUCACACCCGUCGCUCUUCGGCGGGGGUCAACCCGGGGCUGGCAGCCAGCAGCUCUCAAUCCCACAAUGCCACACUAGUCCGUUAUAGCAAUACGAGUACCUAUUCGAUGUCUAAGUCGGUCAGUACCGGGACCGAUCUGUCGGACGAUAUUGCCGAUAACAUCAUCUACUCGGACAUUAACGAUCUCUAUCGCCGGAAGCAGCCGCACCAGCAGCAACAGCAGCAGCAGCAGCGAUCCGUCCAGAUCGCCAUCACUGGUGCUGCUUCCGGUGACGGAAGCACUAGUGCCGCCGAGGAUGACGAGGAAAUCAUGGACGAGGUCAUCGACGAGAACACCAUCCGUCAGACGUACCUGGAUGACGACGACGAAGACCUUGACGACGAGGACGAAAUCGACAUCCGGUACGCGACGGCCACCCAAAUCAAAGCGAUGGUGACGGGUGUUCCGGCGACGACGACCUCGGCCACGACGACCGGCAAUACCGUCGUCAGUGACGAUCUGUACGCGACGGUGAAUCGUAAGAGUAAAACCAACAAACAACAGCAACCACAAGCACAACCACUACCAAUUCAGGCUAGCACCGGCGGACUCCACGCCGGGAAGCACUUUAGUGACGAGUUCAUAGACGAUACCAUUAGAAACUACAAUUUAAGCAAUGGCACGACAGUAGUCGCCAUCACAGCCAUCAACGGUUCCCCGGCAGAACUGUACCAACAGCAGCAAACGCAACCAUCUUCAACCCAUUUCGACGAAUAUUACGGCGCCAAUCGGUACUCCGACACGUCGGACUACUUUAGCCACAGCCAGCCGCACUAUUCCCAUUCGCCAAACUCGCACUCGCUAGCCACGACCAUAACGCACAAGAACGGACUCACCGACGAUGACGAGCGGUACUCGGUGUCGCAUCCACUCCCGCCACCACCGAUACAACCGCGGUCGUCCCACUCGCUGCCCCGCGCCUCCGAGCUGUCCAAGAUCGACUCCCUGGACUCGUCAUACAGCGGUUACGGUGCAGGUCACUCGUUGAGCAACCUCCCGAGCUCGUCGAAGGUCACCAGCGAUUACCUGCACUACUCGACGCUGCUCAAGAACGCCGAAGAGGAGGACGAAGGCAUGAACAGCAAGAAGACCUCUUCCGAGCGGCUCGAGUACGAGCUGUCCAAUGCCAACAUCUACUCGACGGUGCAGUACAAGAGUGGGUACGACGAGGACUACGAGGACGACUAUCUCCGUGGCUUCCGAGCUGACGGCGGCAUGGGAAAGGACGUCUGGCAGCGCAGCGCCUCGUGCAAGGAACUGUUCGACUACGGGUACGGCGGACGUCCCGACUUUACCAUGCUCGAGCGCGAGUUCCUCACGUCGGACCGGAUCGACAGUCCGGUCACGCGGUACGACGACUCGCGACACUCGAUGUACGUUCAGAAAAAUCACUCCAUGGAUGUCAGCCAGGAGUUCCUGGGCUCGGACUGUAAGGUGUACUCGUCCAGCUAUCCCGGCACGACGUACAACACCAUCGACCACACGGGCUACAAGCGCCACCAGGGCAACUACUACUCCAACUUUGAGUACGGCUCGCAGGAUGACAUCUCGCACGAUAGCUACGAACUGCUGGAAAAAUGCUCCGACAACGAAAUCUACAGCAACGUUCGUCCCGAACCGCACACCCGCUCGUGCUCGCUCGAUUCCGGCAAUUACAUCCCAACCGAUGACGAAAGCAUUUCCGAGCAUCAUUCCCACGCGCACCUCUCACGCUACACCAAGUACCGCAGCAGCCUGGAAGGUAAGUGCAAAUCCGCCGCCGAUAUUGACGACCUAGACGAUAUCUUCCUCAUGGAAGAUCCCCGCGAUCUCCCACGAGAGAAGCUGUGCGUCAAAUCGGACGGCAACUUCUACAAGCAGAUCAAGAAAGCGAUGGGAGGCUCGCGAACGUCCAGCCCGGAGUCACGCAGCGAUUACUACGAGUCCAAACUGUCCAAGAGCAGUGACUCGAGCAAAAAGUCCAAGGACAGCGUCUACCACACGGACAGUAACAAGAAAUCGCGUGAAACGCUCAAGAGCAAGUCCGGGUCCGGGUUCAACUCGCGUACCUCGAGCCAAGAUUCGCGCGAUUCGUUCGGGAUGGACAUCAUGCUCACGAAGAACUACGAAAUGCCAACGACCACAAGCAAAAAGGCCAAAUACCUUAGCAAACACUUUGACAGCAGCUCGCGCAACUCGAGCCAAGACUCCAAGAGUGACUAUUACGACGCCAACGAGCAGCCCAUCAACGGGCUCCUAGAAGACCUGGAAUCGGACGAGAUCUAUUCCCGUCCCAAGGUCCACUCUCACGAGCACAUCGCCGUCGUCGAAGCUGCCUCGAUUCCGCCCAAAGCGGCCGCCGCAAGCUUCUACGACAACCAGAUCUACUCGUCGACGUUCCCAAGUGCACAGCCGAAACCGCCCACCGCCAAGACGACCACCUCGCACGUGCACUCCAUCUCGUUGCAGAACGUCGAACUUGACCGGAACGCACGCAGCUAUCCGGCCCAGAAAUCGCCCGACCCCUCGCCGGGUGCCACGCAGCAGCAAGGACCUCAGGCGAUGCCAAAACCAAUCGAGAAGCAACCUCCGAAGGCGACACACAUCUGGCCGGAGGAGAUCGAAGGACUGCCCACGACCAUCAGCAACGAAACGCAACGGGUCGACCGGACGCGGGCCUUCCGCCGAAAGUCCGACAGCGAAAACAUUUUCAGCUUCGACAAGGAAAAGAUCGAAUCGCUGACGAGCAGCAUGAACGACGAAACCCCAACCACGGCCAUCAUGGUCGAAGCCAAAUCGAAAACCAGCCCGGACUAUCCGCUCACACCCGAACUGCUGUCCGAAUUCGACAAGCAAAAGAUCGACUCACCGCACAUCCUGCCGAAGCAGACCCGCAAGGAGGAACUGAUGGCCAAGACACACUUUGAAGAGUACAACCCCAAACUGAUCCUCGACGCCCCGAUCCCAGGUGUCCUAACGUACACUCACGCCACCGUCGAACGGACCAAAUCCGACCCGAACUCACUCGCCAACAGACCCCGACUCGGUCCGAACUCCCGCCGGCACACACUCAUGCACCAAAAGUCCAUCGACCUCACCCCGGCCGACUCCAGCGAGGAAGAGUAUCUGUACAAGCAAAUCCCAAGCGCACCACCGCUGUGCAGAACCCACGGCAGUCACUUCGAGCUGCCCCAAAGCUACGACAUGAACACCCCGGCCAUCGAAAUCCCACGCAACGGGUUCGAAGUCCCGACGAGCUUCUUCAAAGAGUUCGACCGCCGGUCGCAAAAAGUCUUCAAGGACGACAUCCCGUACGUGCUGCACAAGCGGCACAUCAUGAACGGAACGGCUCCAUCGCCGGCGCAGGACAAACCGCAUCGCUACCCGAAACCCAAGAGUCCCAAAUCUCCGAAGAGUCCAAAGUCCCCAAAAUCUCCGAAAUCCCCAAAAGUCGAGAUGAGGGACAUGGCCACCCAGAAGGAGAACACGCUCCGCGUGCAGCAAGACGACUACGAGCUGGAACCGACCGACAACGGGCAGGGCUUCCUGUUCACCCAGAACAUCGACCUGUCCAAGGUGGAUCCCGUCACGCUGGAAGUCGACAAAUCAGCCAAAACAAUCACCUUCACAAGCCCCAAACGAGACAUCACCAAGCAGAUGGAUCCGCUCAUGCUGGAGCAACUCAACAGCAAGCUCAGCCAGAUCGAGAGCGAUUCAGCGACGAGCUCCCGAACCGAUAGCAACCCACAGAAGAAGCUCGAACCGAAGCCGGUUGAGCUUCCGUAUCUGAUUGAGAAGAAAACCGAGCUGACCGUACCCAAGCGGGUGGUAAAACCACGCAUGGCACCGGUCAAGACCAAAACCGGCAAGGGCAAGAAGAACGCCAAAACCCGGAUCACGUCCUUCUCGUCGGACGACGAAAGUAUCGACUCGGAUGACGUGUUCGGUUCGGCGGAAGCCAUGCCCACAAAGCUGGAGUUCUCACCGCCACAGUCGCGCAAGGAGAUCGAACCGAUCCUGAAGCACGAAUCCAGCCGAAUGGCUACGAACGCUUGGGCACGAGGACAAACGAUGAGCUCGACGGAGAUCGAAGGCUCGCCACCGCAAUGUCGGAAGCUAGCCGAGCUGGAAAGUCGAUACAACACGGCUUCCAGCUUGAACACCCAUCAGAUGACAAGCACCGAGCUGCGUAGAAUCUCCGAACGCUCCUUCUCGAUCCCCAGCUCGGAAGACGAAGCAAAGAAGGAGGAAUCGACCAAAGCUUACCACAUGCUGGAGAAGAUUCCCUCCCCGAUCAUUGAAUCGUCCGAAAUGGUGCAACGCACCGACGACGAAGUGUACGAAACCGCUCGCGAAGACAACCUGGGGUUUACGAAGACGCUUAAACGGGACGCGUCCAAGAAGCUCUCCCCCUCUCGCACCAAAAUGAUCGAAGAGAUGAUCGACUCGUCGAUCGUGAUGCGCUCCAAAGGUCACGCUCCGAUCUUGUUCGCCCAUGCGCGUCUAAACCUUAGCGAAGGAUCGGCAUUUGCGUCGCUUCAACGUCAAAAAGCCACGCUGGAAUCGCCCACGUCGGGACGACGAGCCAAGAGCCUGGACGCGCCGGUAAUAUCCCUGCACAAGCUUCCGCCGAUGAAUGCGUUCUCCUCGAAAGACGACACGGUCGGAUACGACGAGGAGGAAGCAGAGGUGCUGGAAGUUAAACCACUUCAAAAGAAGGAGCAAACCAUUGAGGAAGAGCAGGACGAAUCGGUUCACUCUUGUGCGGAUGCAAUCGUCGUGACCGAUCCCAGAUCCACCAGGAAAACGUCAACCAUCGACGAAGAGGUAAAGUUGGUUCGAAUCGAAGACGACGAGUUGGAGCUGCUGGAUCGACUGAAGUACAUCGAGAAAAUCGAACUGCAAGGUGUGAAAAUCAAGGAAAAGCGAAAGACAAAAACAAAACUCAAGAGUGGAGAUCAGCUCAUUCUGGAAAUCCCCCGGUACAAAUUCGAACCGUUCAGCUCGGGUAACAGCUCGAUCAAGACGUCCCCGGCGAUCAGUCGAGCAAGCAGUGUCGAGAGCACUGGAAAAGCCCGCCAGAAAACGGAUAGCGGCACUCAGACUCCGACGGGAGGAGCUACGGCCGUUAAGCAAAAGUGCAAAUCAACCAGCCCGAAGGGUUCGGACAAGAUUCCGCAGCCCAAGCGGCGAGCUUCGGAUGAGUUGAAGAAGAGUUCACCAGAUAUGAUGCGUACCAAGAGUCAGGAAUCGAUCGGCAAGAACAGAGGAAACAAAGAAAAGUCCAAGUCGCUCGAAAAGAUGGAACUCAAGCGGUUGGGAAGCAGGGAGAAGAAAUCAACCGAAGAAACCGAGCUGGAACGAGCUCGGCGUAAGGAACGCCAGCAGAAGCUGUACGAGUCGGCUAUGAAGCAAACGAUCAACUUGUUGAGUCCGGUGAGCGAUCAGCUGCCACAGUUCCCAACACCGGAGGACAAGAUAUCCGUCAAGACCGAAGGGGACAAGAUCAUCAUCGAUGCCGAGGUGAAGUCAAAGCCGGAAGAUUUGGUGUUCAUAGCGAAGGCACCGCGCAAGCUCGAUUGUGGAUUGGCGAAAAUCAGUCGCAGUUUCGAGGAUCAGAAGAGUGUUGAGAAGUUGGAUAAGGCUAGUCGCAGCUUUGACGACCGUGGUAGAUCGUUUGACGACCAUUCGGAUCGAUCCGGGGCGGACGAUAGCAGUAUCGUCAUCAAAUCUCCCACGAAGCUAUCGAAGAGCCAAGAGCUGAAGCAACAGAUCGAGGGUUCGGUGGUUCACAAGAAGAUCGAAGGCAAAUCAAAGAGUUUGGAGAAGAAAACCGAGCCGCAGUACUUGGACAUCGAGUACAAGACUCGCAGUUUGGAUCAAAACUAUAUCGAUAACUACGCGGAAACGACAUCGCCCGAUUCCGAGGGAAGCACACAUCGACGGAAGCAAGAGGUUGUCAAGGUUGACGUGCAUCGAUCGAAAGCGGAGCCUGCGGAGCCAGAGCAUAAGAAGAAGGAACGCAAGUCAACGGACAGCAGUGACAGCAAGUCGGUGGAUGAUCGGCAGCGCAUUGACAAGGGCAAAAGCUUGGAUAACAAUCUCACGAAUGGUAAAGACAAGACACCGGCAAUCGAACGCAGGUCACAGUCCCAGCCGGAUGAGUUUACCGGGGAGAUUGACAUGCAGGACAUUAUUUCGGAAAGACGUACGCUGGAUCUCAUGAAGAGACGUUCGGAGGAGAGAACCUUCGACUCCACCAGCACAUUGACGGACAACGAAGAUCAAAAGGCACUGUCGAAGGCAGAAAGUGAAGAAUCACUUACGGAGGUUAGUGAGAUGAAACCAGAACUGCAGAAGGAGCUGUACAUACCGGUGCGUGUUCCAACCAUCGAGUACGAAGAGCCCUCGUUAGAGGAAGAACUGGAAGACGAAGAGGAGGAGAUUCAGGAGCGCCCAGUGGACAAGAAGGAAAUCAUGGGAAAACUUGCUCUGGAGCGAAGUAGAAGCGAUGAGACCACUUCGUGGGUAACGAUCGCCAGUGAAGAGUACACGGGAACCGAUGGCAUUGGUCAACCGGAGAUGGAGGAAGCUGAUGGAGUGCGCAAGAUAGAAACGCAAGCUACCAUCGAGGAUAUCAGAGAUAUCGCCAUGCCAGAAUCGGAAGUGUCCACUUCGGAUGUAACAAUCAUUCAGAGAACAAGCAAAUCUUCACCACCCGAUACGAAGCCUUUCGAUCGGCCUUUACCAAAAAUACCGGAAAAGAAGAGAAAGGAUAAAUCUCCUACAAAGGAAGUGGCGAAGGCGAUGCCAGAGGAUACCGAAGCCAAGCAAGCGUCCGAACGCAGAGGAGACUUCUUGCGGUUGUCUAUUGAACGAUCGCGGAGCUCCGACACCGGAUCCAGUCGAGAAAAUGAAAACAGCCCGGUUAGACACGACUCAAGCACUCCCCGUGGCAAAGGAUCACUGGAUGAGGAGUCCAGCUUGAGUUGUUCCAUAGCCAGACCGCUUGGCAUAUCGCAGGACAUGGAUUCGAUGGAUCAUAUCAAGUGUCACGAGCUGAGAGAAGCUAUGCUCAAGAUGGAGGAAACCGAUGAGGUUAAAACACCGGUCAAGAAGACAUCUCCGACGCUGGAGAAGCAGUGUCCGGUUGAUUCCGGAUCAGAGCUGGAUGUGGACACGGUAGAGGACCGCAUCUCGAGAAUACUUCAACGAGAGGAGAGUGAGUCCAGCUCGGAUAACGGAGCUGGAGUACAGAGACCACGGGUAGUCAAACCGGUAAGGACGACGCUUAUCCAUAAGAAGGUGUGCAGAACUGCACAACCAAAUGAAAAGCAGCAGCAGCAGACAACUGAAGAGCUCAAGUCGGGAACGCUGAAGCUGUUGAGUGCUAACGGCGAUCGCAGCUCGCUGGAGUCCAAAUCAAGCCUCGAGUCAAAAGGAUCGCUCGGGUCGUUCGAAACCGAAAGCAGCUCCGGAUCACUGGGUGCAGCUCAGCGCAAAGGAGAUCUGGGACAGAAGGAAGCAAUGUCCACCUGGAAGCCGUUCCCAAUAGAGAGCUCCGGUAGUUCCAGCGUGGAAGAGAUCUGGCUACCUCCCGAUCAGGAAAGUUACGAAAGCUUUGACAUUGCGACGGAGACGAUCGAGCUUCAACGGGUGGCUCCACCAGAGAACAAAGAAUCGUCUCCGGAUGAACAGAAGGAGAGUGAUUCCGACUUCCAGGAUGAGCUGAAUGAUUUCCCUACCACUUUUGGCUAUCCGGAAAUGACGUCGACGCUUGGAAUCAGCAUUAAUCCGGUUGAUAUUAUCAACUACGGAACGGGAUUCACCGUUGGUCGAACACUUUCGAGGAUCUCUGAGAGGAGCACAAAUUCGGAAAAGUCUAGCGCCGAAGAGAACGAAGCGGAAAAAUCAAGCUUGGAAGAUCUGAGCGUACACGAUGAAUCCGCAAUCUCGAGCGAACAUCAGGCAAGUCUCAGUUCGGAUUUGCACUCAAACUCCAACCCGGCGUACAUCUCGGAUGCGGACCGGCGGACGUCCGCUGAGAUGCCGGAUAUUCCGUGUGACUCGGCAGCUGCCGAACGGCUCUCGGAGAUUUACCAGAACAAUGUGGUGAAAAAUGGACGAUUUGCCGUGCAACAACUGACAGACAGUAGCAGCAAGCAGGCUGUGGAAAAGCCGCACAUUCAGUGCCUGUCGACGGGAGGAAGUCAGGAUUCGGAAGAUUGGCCACUGCCAGAGAUCCCAUACGAUAGCACACCGAUUGAGCGGUACGAUCCCAACUUUGUUCCUCCACAUCCGGACAAACCGUACCCGAGGUGGGCUGGAUCUAUUGGACAAUCCCAGGAAUCGGAGAACUGGCCAACGCCACCAUCCAGCAUGCUGGACACGCCCGUCAUCGAGAGCGUACAGACGUUCAGGGUUUGCGAACCACAGCAUCCAACCCAAGUGAUGGUAGAAUCGUUUACUGAACCAACCGCAGACGAUGAUUCCGAUCCGGACUACGCGGAGGUACCAGAUGAGGCGCCGGAGCCGCCCAAGCGGGAUUACAGUUUGUCCAAUGUUUCGGCGAAAAUCAGUCCGCCUGCAGUUCCGUACGAGAGUGCUGCCUUCUCGAUGUCUGCGAUCGAGGAACCGGUUACGUAUGAGGGGUAUGAGACUGCCACUUGUCUGAGCAGUACGUUGGGAGCCACGAGCUGCUUGCGAUCUACGUUUGACGUGUGCUCCAGUCAGAAGAAUGUCGCCGGUCAAGGUAUUCUGAAGGAUUCCGGACCUGAUAGGGUCAUUAUAUCGCAACCGACGAAAUCCCCGCAGAACUUGAGUCCAAUCACCGACGAUGACUUCUUCUUGAACGAUGAAGUGUUUGGACCGGACACGGUCAAGAUCGAAAUCUCCCCCGACGAUACCAAGCCAAGCGGUGAUUACUCGAUUCAGCAAAAGUUCUCGAGAAGCUCGAACAACUCGGACACCUCCAUCGAUGACCUGCUGUCGGCUUCGUGCGCGACCACGUACAUGGAGGAUACGGUCCGAAGAAAUCUGGAACCUCGUCGGCUGAGCAGCGAAUCGUGCAAGAAGUGCAGUCACAGCAGUCACUCCGAGGAGGAGACGAGCUCGUUCGGAACCGAUCUCGAUGGUACGGUGAAGAUGCAGCAAAAGCGUUGCACCCACAGUUCACAUUCGGAGGAUACUUCGAUUGGUCUUAGCAUCUCUGAGUGGUCAACCGGAACGAAUACGGUGCGGCAGUACGCGAACCUGUCGGGGUCGGAUAGUCUGUCGGCGGUAUCGAAUCAUUCGGGUAACGCCAAAAGCGAAAAGUCCAACCACACCAAGAGCAGCGUGAGCUCGAUCCACAAGUCGACCGAGAGUCUGGACGAGAAGAGUGGCAGCUUGUCGAGCGUGAACAACAAGCGGUUCUCGCUGGAGAACAUCUCCGACACGCACAAGUACGAACCGUUUAGCAACUCGGACACGGAAAAGUUCUCGUCCGGCACCAAGAGUGACGACACGACGCUUACGCUGACGGAGAUGGCCCAAACCAUCACGGAGUGGUCCACGAGCAGUAGCAAUACGCUGAUUGCCCAAGCGGAAGCCUUGAAGCACAUCGAAUCCAAAGGAACCAGAACAACGUUCGAGUAUGUCCCGCUGAAACCACCGAAAGUGAUCAAAAAGGUACCGCUGGAUGAGAAGAAGAAUCUUCCAGCGGUUCACGCGGCGAAACCAAAGCCAAAGUUGGCCGUUUUCCCGCCGGAAGUGGUCCCAACACCGGAACAAGAAAUACUCCGUCAACCACCUCCGGACCUCAUCCCGAGGCAAGCCGAACGCGCACCGGCAAGAAUCCCACCCAAGAUCGUCGACAUGAUCGAAAAGUCUCCGAAGCGUGCGAUUCCCCACCAGCAACCGAUCCUCCAACAACCGCUUCCGUCGACGUCAAAACCUCAAGAUCAGCAGCCGCUUCCGGAACCGGAACCCGCCGUCGUUAGCAAGCGGCGCACGCUGGAGAUGAUGUCCCAGCGGUACGCGAGCCAAGACUGCUCCGAGUCGGAACCCCUCUCCGAGAAAGUUGUGGCCCCACCACCUUCGAAGCCACCUCGUGGAGAUUCGCUUCCCUCGACCAGCAGUUCGAUCCCGAUGGUCGAAAAGCCUCUAUCCAAACAUCAUAGCUACGACGACAAAACCCUGUCCAAGUCACAAAUUCGUGAGUACAAAUCGUCGAAAAUGCGACACAGCCAGUCAUUCCACGAGCACCUGGUCUCGUCCGACCUGAACAAGAUCGUCGAGGAGAACCUGGGCAGCUCGUCGACGACGACCACGCACAGUAGCGAAGCCACGGCCAGCACGGACAACUCGUCCCCCAUGUUCCCACGGCCGGAGAAGUUGGUGCGCUGUUCACCGUACUACUCGAGCAGUUUAAGCUCGGAGUCGCCUCCGAUUCAGCCUUCCCAGCUGCCACCGGUUCAGAAGCCACCUCGCAAGACGUCACUUCCGCGCAAUCUGCUUCCGAAGAGUCCACCCAGUGGAAACGACACGGACAGCUCGCUGGACUUUAGACAGCAAGAUCCAAAACUUCGCUCGCGAGGCUACCGCAAAAAGCGAACCGUCCCGUUGAAGAAGAGCCGCCUGGACAGCAAACCGCUCGAACACCAGGAAAGCUCCGAAUGCUCCGAAGGUUACUUCCCCGAGAUGGAAUCGGGCAGUUCGGACGUGAUCGACCAUCAACAGUACCACCGGUAUCCGGACUUUGAGGAGGAACUCGAGCAACUUCCGGAAGACUACGAAGACGAAGCGUAUCGCGUGGAGGACAAGCGGGACAGCAAGAACGGAGGUGGAGUCUACCCAAGUGCGUCUUACUCGAACAAGUUCGAGGGGCUGGACAUGAUGGAAAACGUCGACGAGAUGGGCUUCCCACGGUACGACCGCCUCGGCCACAUCACCAACCCCAACCUGUACAAGUCGGACACUCCGUCGCCCCCAAUCAAACCGGUGCGCCAGCGCAAGCGCCAGAACAAACGGGACGAGGCAGACUCGGAAUACCCGGGCAUUCAGUACACGCCGGAAAGCGGAAGUUGUUCCGAGACGAAAGCUGGCCUCUCGGACGACGUUUGCUACUCCAGCGAGGACAGCUUCGCCGCCGGCUACCAGCACGCCAUGGGCGGAAGUUCUCGCUACCAGAAGAACGUGGAAAUCCCCUACCCGGACUUCCUGUCCGACUACGAGAACGAAUCCUCUUCGGCGUGCUCGUACGCCCGACGCAUGGAGCACGACCGCCACCGGUACGUCGAGCUUGAGCACGGCGGCACUCCGAGUGGUGCGUACGUGAGUGCCUCCGACGUCGGUGGCGACACUUCCGGCGGGUUCGACCUCCGAACCCUUCCGCCACCGAUCUACGUCGAAGAGCUGGAAGACGAAGAGGACGACGAAGUCGAGGACAAUGCGAUCUAAGCAGAAGAAGAAGAAGACUGACGCGGGAAAAAAUAAACAAAACGAAGCCAAAACUUUAACGAAAACGAACGAAACCGAACGAGAGAUGUCGCUGCGAGCGCUGAAGCGAAAAGAAACAAUAGCAUGAGCCUAACGAACCUCCGGCGACAUCUAUUAGUGAGAUUUUAUACUGAACGACAUCGAGGAGGAGGAGCGAGGAGCAAGAUGGAGCAUAUAUACUAAAUGAGAACAAUUUUAACAGAUGAGCCGAGAGUUAUAUGAAAUCGUCGUUACAAAUGGGUUGAAGAUAAAUUUUAAAAAGCGUUUGCGUGACACAAAAGGAGCAGUUAUUAUAAUGGAUGAUGAUAUACAAUUACAGUAACAGAAAUAACCUAGUUGUUAAUUCACUCUAAUCAAAGUUUAACAAAUAUACAUUAAUGGUACAUAGUCUAGUCCCCAGUAAGGAAAAGAAGCAUUUAUAGCGAGAUAAAAUCAACCAACAUUAGUAGGAAUUUCGUGUUUUUAUUUGCAAUUUUUGCAGUAUUUUUCGUACAUUUUUGAGAAGUCAAGCAAAGAGUUAUUCUUUAAAACCCCGAAGCUGCAGCUCAGCGAUAACCUUACGUGGCAACGAUAACCAUCAUGGGGGAUGAUAUUAUCGCCAGCGAUAACGGAAAUGAUAUCUUUAAUAGGUGUGAAACAAUUUUAUUGAUUUCUGUAUUUUUAAACAUUUUUUUUUACAUUUUCCAAUUCCAAAGAAGACAUUUUGCAUCAUUGGGUUUUUAAUAUAUUUUCAUUUAAUGUCAAAGGUUAUUGAAAAAACAUGUUUACAAGCAACAAAAAUUUCACUUGGUUAAUUUCUUAUUUUUUUAAAAUUAUUUUCCACAAAAUAUUUUUUUAAAUGGUCGUUUUUCAAAAUAGCUAAAUUUUAUUAUUUAUUAAAAGAAAAGCAAUCAUUUUUCUUUGGAAAUGUCCAACAUUCAACUGCACCGAAACAUUUUAAUUUUAUCGGCCAUAACCAACAAAAACUCAUUCAAAGUAAGUUCUUAACAUUAGUCUAACUCAUGAAAAAAUCCCAGACUUUGAUAGUUUUAAUAAAUCCUACUUUAUUGAUAAAGUAGUAUCUCAAAAAGUACUCAAGUACUGAAAAUAUUAAUAAAUUUAUAAUUUGCAAUUUAGGUUUUAAACGAUGCGAUUUUUUAAAAUAAAUUUUCAUUAUAUUAAAAUUAUUUCUUUUGAGUUUUGAAAUUCUAACGAAAUGCCGUAUAUUUUUCGAAAAUACUGACAUUUCCUUAAUUUGAAAUAUGGGUUUCAAACGAAGCAAAAGUUGAUAUAGAUUUUCACUGUUCAACAAAUUUUAAUGCAAAAAACUAAAAUUUUCAUGAAAAUACCUUUUUUUUACUUAAAAUUCUCUUAAAUGCGACAAUGCAGAUUUUUUUUAAUGAUUUUCACUAAAUUGCAUUUUUCCGUUAAACAAAAGAAUCACAUGCUAACAAAUAUUUCUCGAAAAAAAACUCACAUUUUUAUUAUGUCAAACAACGGCUUAUGUCGUGUAAAUUGUCACUGUUUUACAAUUUUUAUGCAAAAUACAUUUUUUAGCACUCAGAUUACUGUCUUAUCUUAUAAUAUGAAAUCUGAGUGUCAAAACACGCCAAAUCUCCAAUUCAAAAUAUUAAAAAUACUGAAACAACAAUAACCAUAUUUUUUUAAAUACUAGGAUUUUUAUAAUAUGCAAUUUGGGUUACAACAGACGACGGGUCGUGUUUAAAUACUCAAAAUUUCACAAAAUGCCGUAUUUUUGAAAAUACUCAGAUUUUCACAAAAUACCGUAUUUUUCAAAAUACUGCUUCAGAGUCGUGUAAAUUUUACCUGUUGUACAAUUUUUAAUAAAAAAAAUACUAAACUUUUCACAAAAUAUCGUAUUUUUCGUAAAACUCAGAUUUUUAUAUUUUGCAGUAAUUUUCUCUAUGUUACACACUUUACAACUUAGUUUUUUUAAAAAAAGGUCCAAUAAGCCCUUUAAAAAAACUCCAGAAAUAUUAAAUACUCAAAUGUCACGAUAAAUGCGGUAUUUCGCGAAAAAAAUAAUCCAAUUUUGCAAUUUAUAAAAACUAGUAAGAGUAUCUACAAAAAUACGAUAUUUUGUGAAAAUUUAAGUAUUUUUCAUAAAAAAAAAUGUAAAGCAGUUUAAAUUUACACGACAUAUAUCGUCAUUUCACUCCCAAAUAGUUUGCAAAUUAAGAAAAUUUGAGUUUAAAAAAAGGUAUUUUGUGACAAUUUGAGUAUUUUCCAUCAAAAAAUGUAGAACAGUUAAAAAUCACACCACAUUUCUCGUUAAAUUUUCAAAGUAUUUUGUAUAGUAAUGCAGAGAAAAUCAAUGCGAAAUUUCGUGUCGUUUGAUAUUUUUGAUUACAAAUUAUGAAAUUAUUUAUUAAUAAUAUAAACAAGUAAUUAUUUUUUAUCUCGAUAUUUUGUUUUAAAAAUGGUAUGUCUAAAAUGAUGUCAAAAUAUUUGCUAAAUUCAGCUUUCCAUAGAUCUAGGGUUUUUUAUUUUUAUUCUCAAAAUUUAUUUUCCCUGAAAGAGCACACAGCUAGCAAAAUCUAAACUUAGAAACAUGUACCCUCCGUGUAAAGGCCCUGUAUGAAUUGAUAUCAGUUGGAAGGUUCUCCAAAUCUCUGAAUUGCAAAUGUAACAUCCUGGAGCAGAACAUUAAUCAAAAAUUUAACGGUCAACUUGAAUGAGUGCAAACUCUCCACGGCAAACAUGAAUUCACCACAGUUUGACAGCUGCGUAUUUUUUUUUUUUUUUUUUGUGGGACUUUUAUUUACGAUUUAAUGAUGCAAACACUUGCUUUUUUGGACAAGGAAAAUGUAUAGGUCAAAAAUUCAACUAAUUAGAAAAAAUAAGAAACUCUUUUUUGUGAAAAUAAAUUAUUUUGCCAUGCCAUGGGUUAAAUAUUCGGUCUAAUUUCAAAAUAACGUGUGCCAUAACCUGUUUGUUUCUCAAACUGCAAGCAAAUUGUGCAUUAUCUAAAUUUAGCAUCUACGAAGCCAGAAAACAUAAUUAGAUCGACAUGCUUAACAAUUGUUAUCAAACUCACUGAGCAAACAUUAUUAAGAAAAAAAGUAAAAAAAUACAUAGGAGAGUAAUGAAAGAAACAUUUUAGAUAAUACAAACACAAAAAUAUUUAUAAUUCACACAUUCCACGCGCGAUGUUUAGUCAAUCGAAAUGAAAAAGGGUGCGUAAUGAAAAACAAAAAUGGCCAAAAUGUUAAUGCAAGAAAGACAGAGAAAUAUAAUAGUAACAAACGAAACGAGACCCGCUGAAAGUUUCUAUAUGUGAUUGUUGUUUAAAUGAAUACAGAAAAGCGAGUGUUUCCAAAAUUUGCAGAAAAGUCUAUCCUUUUUAGUGCCGGACAGCAGCGGAGAGAGUAAUAAGUAAAACUUAUCGAAAGUAUUUGUUCCAUUUAUUAUAUAAAAGUUUACGAUAAUAACCAAAACAAACAAAAUGAGCAAGUUAUCGAUUCGAGCACUUCAAUGCACCCUUAAAGUGAUAAAUGUGUGUCAAAUGAUCUCAAAACCUGAGGAGUUUAACUUUUUCGUUGUGAUGGUCUAACCAAUUAUACUUCUUCCCGAAAAUGUUGUGUACCGAGUGUUGUUAAUCUGUUAGUUCCGGAACAAAUCAGUUGAAAAGUGUGAAAUUUAUUUCGAAUUUUAUUGCAUUCGCGCAAACAUAAACGAUUCUCAAGUGUACUAAAGUAACCGUGUUUAUACUCAAAUAUAUAUUACUAUUAAGUGCAGUCACACACAAAAAAAAAUAAGAUAAAGCAACACAUGUUUUAUAACGAAUUUUUGUCUUUUGAGAUGAUUUAAUCGAGUGAUAUCGACGAGUAAUUAAGUAACAAGCAAAAUAUCUCCAGAGUAUGAGUAUCGAUAUAGUUUAUAUUACAGUACUGUUGGUUAUUACAGAUAUAACAAUGCAAACAUGAAAAUAAAGUGGUUUAUUAAAUUGCAGAAAAAAAGUAUAAAGAAGUAGCGCGGAAGGCGAACGAAGAAAGAGUAGAAAAUUAAAGCAAGGAGAUAGAAACGAUUAGAAAAGCAAGUCAAAGCGAAAAAACAAGCCAAAUAGUGAAAAAAAAUACAAAAA